AUGACUAUUCCAAAUGGAGGGUUAUGGUUGCGUCUACUCAAAUUGGGAGCAACUGAUGAUCCUCUUUCAUCAUUUGAAUAUGGCACAAUCUUAGCAUUGAUUGAAUCUGAUGCUGAGGGGAUUGGUGGCAGUGGGUUUGUUGAAUGUAUCAGGGAGCACAUUCAUUCAGGAUGGCACUGUCAGUUGACUGAGGAACAAUUCAUUGCAGUUAAAGAAUUGCUCAAAACAGCAAUCGGCCGUGCAACUUCACGCAAUGACAUGUUGACCAUCAGAGAUGCCAUUGAAGUGUCUGCUGAUAUGUACAAGAAGGAUGCAAAUAACGUUGCAGACUACAUUCAACGUCAUCUCAUAUGUUUGUCUAUCUGGGAGGAAUUACGAUUUUGGGAAGGAUAUUUUGACUAUCUUAUGGAGCGGGCCUCAAACAAGUCAACUAAUUAUGCAUCUUUGGUGACAGCACAGCUGAUAGUUUUGGCGUCACACAUGGCUGGAUUGGGACUACCAGAUACUGACGCUUGGUACAUGAUUGAAACAAUAGCGGAGAAAAACAACAUUGGUUACAAGCAAUUUAUAAAGCUCAGAGGAUUUUUGUCUCAUAUUGAGCAACUUCGUAUUGGUUACUGGGGAAUCAUUUCUACGAUGACUCAAUCCAUUUCUCAUGGAUUAGCAUCCCCACGUUCACCUAAGGAUGAGAAUCAGCAACCUGCUGAGGCUUCUGUAGUUGGAAGAAGCUGGGGUCAAAGCAUGUUCCGCAGGGAUACAACAUCCAAACCGAAUUCUCUCAGUCGUGUUCAUAGAUGGACUUCUGAUAGUGGCUCAGCAGCUGCGAAUGAGAAUGGGACUCCUCGCAAGCAAGAUUUAUUGACUGCUGCGCAAAAGAAAACUCAAACCAGUGUUCGCGUGCUUAGGGGUCACAGUGGUGCUGUCACUGCUCUGCAUUGUGUAUCGAGAAGAGAAGUUUGGGAUCUUGUGGGUGAUCGCGAAGAUGCAGGUUUCUUUAUCAGCGGAAGCACGGAUUGCACAGUUAAGAUCUGGGACCCUAGUCUCCGUGGUUCUGAACUUCGGGCAACUCUGAAAGGGCACACAAGGACCAUUCGUGCAAUAAGUUCUGAUAGAGGAAAGGUGGUAUCAGGAUCUGAUGAUCAGUCUAUUUUAGUGUGGGACAAACAAACCGCUCAGCUUCUUGAAGAGCUGAAAGGCCAUGAUGCACAGGUGAGCUGUGUACGUAUGUUAUCAGGUGAACGUGUCCUCACUGCUGCUCAUGAUGGAACUGUAAAGAUGUGGGAUGUAAGAACAGAUACUUGUGUAGCAACUGUUGGCCGUUGCUCUAGUGCGGUUUUAUGCAUGGAAUAUGAUGACUCCACUGGAAUUUUGGCUGCUGGUGGUAGAGAUGCAGUUGCAAACAUUUGGGACAUUCGAGCUGGUAGACAGAUGCACAAGCUCUUAGGUCAUACAAAAUGGAUUAGGUCGAUUAGAAUGGUUGGGGAUACAGUCAUUACUGGUAGUGAUGAUUGGACAGCAAGAAUGUGGUCCAUCUCCCGAGGAACCUGUGAUGCUGUUUUGGCAUGCCAUGCAGGUCCAAUAUUAUCUGUGGAGUAUUCUGUGCUGGAUAAAGGAAUAAUUACAGGUUCAACUGAUGGGCUGCUUCGGUUUUGGGAAAAUGACGAGGGAGGCAUAAAAUGUGUGAAAAACGUUACCAUUCAUAACGCUCCAAUACUAUCCAUCAAUGCCGGAGAACACUGGUUAGGAAUUGGUGCUGCUGACAAUUCCAUGUCUCUCUACCAUCGGCCUCAAGAGAGGCUUGGUGGCUUCUCAAGUCCAGGAGCGAAAAUGGCUGGGUGGCAACUCUACCGAACACCCCAAAGGACAGUUGCAGUGGUGAGAUGUAUGGCAUCUGAUCUUGAGAGGAAAAGGGUAUGCAGUGGAGGUCGUAACGGACUUCUUAGAUUGUGGGAAGCCACCAUUAACAUCUAAAGUUUUUGCAUAAUUUAUGUUCAAAUGUCACACGGGAAAUGUUUGUCAAUUGCCAUGUCAAUGAUCUCACCUUUUCCCUACUUUAUCGUGAUUUCAUAAUUUUGUUUUGAGAAAUUUAUUUUCUGAUCUUCAUUCCAUAAUUUAUUUGAGAAAUAUCCUACAACUUGUAGAAUUGUGUAA